AUGAUUUAUUUAUUUGAAUGCUUAAAAACGGAGACUGCUGGCGAAUUGACGGAGGAUGAGGUGUUUAAAUGUCUGUCCGGUCUGGGUCAGUCAGCGACAGGACUCCAGCACACCUACCUGUGUCUGUCUGUGCCAGGGCGAGACUUGAAAAAUGUCUCCAUUUUAUGCAAUUACAUCUAUCUACAAAAGCUCGAGCUUCCCUGCAAUAAAAUCAAAGAUCUAUCGUGUGUAAGUCACAUGCCAUACCUCAUCACACUGGAUGCUUCCCACAACCAACUCACUGAUUUCUUCGGAUUCCAGCCACCAAAAAAUCUCAAGGAGGUGAAUUUCUCGCACAACCAGAUGACAGCAAUGAAAGAUCUUUCUGCAUAUUCCUCUUUGACCAAACUGAUUCUUGACCAUAAUUCAUUCAGUGUCAUCAGGGGACUGGAAAAGUGCAAAAGGCUCUCACACCUCAGCCUGGCCCACAACAACAUCUCGCGCAUUAGGGGUCUGGACCAUCUGCCCCUCAGAGAGCUCUCCCUGAUGGGCAAUGUGAUCAACAAAAUUGAAAAUCUCCAGACUCUCCACAACCUGCAAGUUCUGGAUUUGUCCUGUAACCGGAUUCAAAGCCUCACGGGUCUCCAGAACCUCCGUCUCCUGGGAACAGUCAACCUUGAGAGCAAUCUGAUUGCAGAAAUAAAGGAGGCCGCACAUUUGCAUGACCUUAUUUUGUUGAGGGAAAUGAAUCUCCUGAAAAACCCAGUGCAGGACCAUGAUGAUUAUAGGAUAGCUGUCAUCUUCCUCCUCCAGCACCUCAUACUCCUGGACAAACAGACUGUAACUGCUGAAGAGAAGGUGACUGCUGUGAACAAGUACGACCCUCCUCUGGAGGUGGUCGCCGCCAGAGACCACAUGACCCACUUGGUGUACCAGCUCAUGCAACCACAGGUUAUUUUUGACAGUACACUCCCCAGUCUGGAUGCUCCUUACCCCAUGCUGGUGCUCACUGGCCCACAGGCAUGCGGGAAGAGGGAACUCGCUCACAAGCUGUGCCAGGAAUUUAGUGACUAUUUUGCUUAUGGUGCCUGCCACACCACCAGGGGGCCCUAUUUUGGCGAAGAGGAUGGACUAGACUAUCACUUUGUCACUGAGGAAGAAUUUCACAACAUGAUUCAAAUGGGUCAGUUCAUCCAGACGAUGCAGUACGGUGGACAUUGGUAUGGUCUGUCUAGGGAAUCUAUUGAGCGUGUGGCUCGUGAAGGUCUGGCCUGCUGUGUGCACAUGGAGCUGGAGGGAGUGUUCAGCUUGAAGAACUCGUAUUUUGAGCCCCGUUACAUCUUGCUGAUUCCCAGCAUUGUUGAUAAUUACGUCCUCUUUCUGAAAGCGAGAGGAUUCUAUAGCAACACUCAGAUGGAAACGGCAGUGUCCCGUAUUGAUUUGUAUGCCAGGAUCAACAGAGAAAGGCCUGGCUUCUUUGAUAGCAUCAUCCCUUGUGAUGAUCGUGCUGAGGCCUACCGUAGUCUAAAACAGCUGGUGAAGGAGUAUUUGGGUCUGGAGGAGCACAGUGGAGGAGGUGACAGCAGCUCAAUCACACCUGACAACACCUCCACCAACACAACUGGUGAGUUACCGGCAGCCAGCGCGACAGAGUCCACCGACCUCAUGGACUCCUACAGCAGAAACUACCAGAAGAAAAUCCAGGCCAAGAUGACCCCUCAGCAGACAGAAAUGGCUUCUAAUCACAGGCGCCAGCAGCAGAUUCGGGAAGCUUUGAGCGGGAAGAGUCCCGGUGCUUAUGCUGAGCUGUUUCAAAGAAGUGCACCAGCAGCUCCAUCAUCAUUAGCCUCUCAGUCCCGUCCCCCAGCCGGCCCUUCAUCCUCCCCAGUGCGUCCCGCUGGCCUCAGCGCCCCCAACCUCAGCGAGGACAGCAGUUCUGAGGAAUCUCGUGCCAGUUCUGGCCUGUCCAUGAGGAGCUCAGCGGGAGUGUUCUCAGCAGAAAGCCCGGCCCGGGGAUCAGACGCUGGGUCAGGGCCCAACAUAGAGCCUUUGGAUAUAUCUAUGUUAGGACAGGACCGGGACUCGCUUAGAGGUUUGACCCCUGAUGCUCCUCGUCCUGCCUCUGAUCGUGUCUCUCCAACACACCCUUCCUCUCCAGGACGUCCAGGUGCUAAUGUUAAACCAGUCCUGCCACCCAUCCCAUCUGGAAGGAAGACCAACGAUUCCGGCUCAAAGCAGUAACUAACAGCUAGAGUGGGUGUAGAUAUUGAGGUAUUAGUUCAUCAUGUGAGUGUUAGUGGCAAAAAUGGUUUAAUUAACCCCUGAAGCUUCAAGCCAGGCAUUCAAUAAAUGACAGUGAAGAGAACAGCUGUGGUCAGUGCUGAGAGGCAAAAGCAGUCAUUGGAAAAUAUGGAGAUUCUCAUCGCUCAUCUGUGUCCUCCAGUGGGAGGGA